CCCCCCUCCCCUCCCCUUUAACCUCAACAUUGCGUAGUGAAGUGCUUGUUUUGGUUCGAAUAUAGCGUCAAGAAAACAAGUAAAAACGUUUAAGACAUGGAAUUUCGCUCGAGCGUGACCCAAUGCACCGUAGCGGAAGACCGAGGGACGCAUUAAGCGACGGAUCCGACUCGUCUUCCUAUCGUAUUGCUCCGCAUGUUCAAUUUCUUCGUAGAUGGUCUCCGGAGAGCGUUGUCUGCGGCUGGACACACAGUUGUCGACGAGUAACAUGAAGGAGAUGAUUGGAGGGUGUUGUGUUUGCUCAGACGAGAGAGGCUGGGCGGAGAACCCGCUGGUAUACUGUGACGGACACGGCUGCAACGUCGCCGUGCACCAAGCUUGCUACGGCAUUGUGCAGGUGCCCACUGGUCCAUGGUUCUGCAGAAAGUGUGAAUCUCAGGAGAGAGCGGCCCGCGUGAGAUGUGAGCUGUGUCCCCACAAAGAUGGCGCCCUGAAGAGGACGGACAAUGGCGGCUGGGCCCAUGUGGUGUGUGCCCUCUACAUACCAGAGGUGGAGUUUGCGAAUGUCUCAACUAUGGAGCCCAUUGUGCUACAGUCGGUGCCCCAUGAUCGCUAUAACAAGACAUGCUAUAUCUGCGAGGAUCAAGGCAGAGAGAGUAAAGCGGCCACUGGCGCAUGUAUGACCUGUAACAAACAUGGCUGCAGGCAGGCCUUCCAUGUCACAUGUGCCCAGUUUGCAGGGUUGCUGUGUGAGGAACAAGGCUCGGAUGCAGACAACGUCAAAUACUGUGGUUAUUGCAAAUACCACCACAGCAAAUUGAAACACAAAGAACGGGACAGACACAAACCCAAACACAAGAAGACCUCCAUGGACAUGUCCCCCUCCCUUGUUCUCCCAAACAUCGUGGUCCCAGAGAAGACGUACAACAGCAGCAGUUCAGCGGGUCCACCUCUCCCCGCAGCCUCACAGAAGCGACUGGAUGACGCCAGCGCUCGUUUCACCAACGCCAACUUUCAGGAAGUGUCGUCGACUCACUCUAUGGGAAGCUCCAAGGACUGUCACGUCGGUGACGGCGCGAAGGUGGUGUCUGACAUGAAGAGCAAGAAGAACGCCGCUGGAAGUCACGUCGUGGGACAGAGGGGUGGCCGGAAGUCUCUCACCUCCUCAGGGAAAGUUCUCACCUCUGCUGUGGUAACCAUGGCAACCUCCACAUCUGCCUCUGCCUCCACUGGGCCUUUCCAUCAAGGGCUGCUGUUGACGAGUUCCAGCAAGGCGCCCUCGACCCCCACAUCCUCUGAUUUCCUAAGCUUCGCCGACUCCUCCUUGCGUCCAGGAGGCAUGACUUCCUUUUCGUCGCCGCCAUCUUUCAGCUGCCUGGUGAAGCCGAGUUCAGAGGGCGGCGUGUCAGAGGGAACAACCAAUCUUUUCGGCUCUCUCGCCACGGCCGCCCCUGCAGUGGGGGGAAAGCUGUAUGAGAAUUCCCACAGUCUCUCAGCCAGCGAGACGACAAGCCUCAGUGGCUCGGCUGCCUACAAACGGCCACAGCCCUCCAGCACGGGACCGGGGAUGGCUGGAACAACCGCGGGAGGAGGGGAGGAUGGAGUCAAGAAGAAAAAGAAAGGCAACUGGCGCAACAGAUUUGGACCUUGCUUCACAACAGACGUCAAGCCGCCAGAGUCAUCACCCUCCCUCGCUUUGGCCACCACCUCCACGGCCAACACCUCCUCCUCCUCUUCCGCGGCCCCCCCUUCAUCUUCCUCCUUGAAUCUCUGCGGCCGGCCCGGCUUGGCUUCCAGCGGUGGUUUAGGAAUGGGAGGAGGAGAGAGAGGUCUCGGGGUCAUGGGUGUUGGCAGCGGGAUUCAAAAGUCCCCCUCGCUCCUCAGGAAUGGGAGUCUGCAAAGCGGCAGCGGGCCAGGUGUUUUCUCCAGCGGCGACGGGUCGUCAUUGUCGGGCCCCGGCGCUACCUCGGAGCAACUUCAACUGGCGUCGUCACUGGCCCCUCCCUCUCCUUUCAGCGCCACCGCCCCCUUGACCAGCACGGCCGCCACACACGUGAGUGUCCUUCCAGGGUCGAUUUUCAACAUGGCCCCCUCACAUAUGUUUGGUAACCGCCUGAAUCCGAACUCUGCCAUGGCAGCGCUCAUUGCCCAGUCGGAGGCCUCACCCGCAGAUCAGGAAGCUGGAGACAGCAGCGUCGGUGUGCAGGGUUUCUCUAUAAGGGCUUCUCCCAAGACCACACCGCGCUCGCCAAUUGGCGGCCUGCAGAUCCACUAUGACUCGUCAGGGUCGUUGCCGGGACCGGGGCACGGGUUGCUAGGGGCCGGGGGAGGCGGUGGCGAGACGCUGCCCCCGGUGGCCACCACCAUAGAGCAGCUCCUGGAGAGGCAGUGGAACGAAGGGCAGAGCUUCCUGUUGCAGCAGGGUGCGCAGGGAGACGUGGUGGGCAUGCUCAAGUCCCUCCAUCAGCUGCAGGAGGAGAACAGGAGGCUGGAGGAACAGAUUAAAACGCUCUCCAUGAAGAGAGAGCGACUGCAGCUUCUCAGUGCUCAGCUAUCAGUGCCUUUCACACCCUCCUCCGCCUCCUCUGAUUUAAAGGGAGGAGCCUCUGACUCAUCUUUACUUGUGGCAUCUCAGGACAGUGCGUCAUGCGGCGCCCACAGCAGUAGCGGCUCUACCUCUUCCCUGUCAACCCCACCCUCACUGUCCCAAAGCCCACCUCAGCCGCAGCUAAACGGCGUCAUCGCCACUGGGACCACCCCGGCCGGCCUAGGAAGCAUGUCCGGAUUGAUGGGCACCUUUGGUUCCGGAAACACACUUGGCAUGGGGGGGAUUGCGGGCGGUCUGAACGGAGUGAUCCAGAUGCCGGCAGGGACUGGAAGCCCGCACGCGACGGGAACUGCCACCUUGUCUGUCAAUAACAGUUCUGCACGGCUAAGCCUGGCAGACCAGCAGAGACUCCUCCAGCAGCAACAGCUCCAGCAGCUGCUAGCAUCGCAACCCUCAGCGCCUAGAACUAUUUUUCACACCAUUCUUCCCCCUCUGUCUUCCAACAGCAACUAUAGCGGCUGAGGCAAGAACAUCAAGACCGGCUGGAGUUCCACACAUGUCGGGCACUGAGCGAUAUGGCGGAACUCCGGUCAAAACUCUCGCAGUGUGCGCGGGUUUUGUCACAUUUUCCACAAGUGGCUGCUGAGUCUCUUAGAUGUUUUUCAUCCCACCUCAUUCAACGCCGGUCUGGUUUUUCCGCCGUGUCACUGUCUCAGGGGCCUCUCUGCACACGUUGGCGCACGUGCUGACAAGACUGCAAACGCAUAAACAAAAAAGCACACUGUAUGUUUUGUAAAAAAAAAAAAAAAAGCCAGAAUCACUUCAAAAGUAGCAGAUGCAUGUUUGGCAUCUGUCUGGCAGCUUUCCUAAAAGGACAAAGAUAGUCCUCACAUUCCCGCUCUGCUUUCCUUUGUGUGGCAUUUAUAGAGAGCGAGAGAGAGAGCCAUGUCUGGCUCAGCCACCGCCGAAGCCUGCUUAUGCUUCUAUCCUCUCGGGGCCACACAUGAAAGGGCUCGCUUAAAAGGCCACAAAUGUUCACGGGAGGAACUACAAAGAUGGAAGCACAUACCUCUGUGUGUGUCAACAUGUGGAAGUGGUCAUCCUUCUUGAAUGAACGCCCCUAGCGGCACCUACCUCUUCAGCACGCACACACGCAGGCAGGCAGGACCUAACUGGCCGAUAGCAGCGGCCAAUAAAAGUCCGCAAGACUCAAGACCGGUCAAUCAGCAUUCGCGCCCAAAGUGCCUGAGGCAAAAUGAUUUUUUUUUUUUUUUUUUUUUUUUUUUUGGCUUAUUAUUUUUAACCCUUUCCCCUCCAGUCUCUCACUCUGCUCUCCUAGUGCUCCCGGCAAUGAAGCUGCAUUGCCAAGGCAACCGAUUACAAAACACUGAUGUCAUUUCAAACCAGGAAAUGUUGUUGUGCUGUAUUCGCCAAUGUUUUUGUAAUUGUGCUUUUUAUUUAUUUGUUUGUGUAACAAAUGUGAGAUGGUUGUAUCUUCCAAGCCCGCAGGUGUUGCUAUUAACAUCAGCUUGUCCUACUGUGUAGAGUUUGCUUUUCUUUUUCUGUUUUCUCGGAAGCUCAUUUGUAUUCUGGUUCUCAUGUUUUCAACCAGUUUUGAUAGUUGAUGAUGGGGAGUGUGUGUGUGACUGCAGCUGUUUAAAGGGUGGGUGCGGGGUCCGUUCUUACCUCGUUAAAUGUAAAUAGAUCUCGUUCCUCGUUGGCUGAUGGUGUACAUAAGGAUUUGUGCAAAGGAAAGCCAAUAAAGCCUCUGUUUGUGUGAUAUUGGGGGGUGGGGGGGCAAGUUUGGAGUUUUACUGGACACACAAAGUAUUAAUUUAUUUUUAUAUGUGCAGGGAGAUUGUGUUUCUUUUGUUUUUGUUUUUUUUAGUUUUUACACUGUUUUUCUUGACAUUUUAUACGACAGUGCACCGUGUUUUCAUCCGUGCACAAAAUGUUUGUAUACAUUUGUACAAUUAGCUAAAUAAUGGUGGGUGGGGUAAAGAAAUUGUAUUUCAGAUCACAAAUUAAAGAAACACUCUGAUUGAA